UUGCGAGGCGAGGUAGGUAGAAAAACGCAUCUCUCCACCAUCAUACCGUCCGGUGUUUCUGUUCUGUCUCGUAAAAAUUAAUCAGCAAGCAAUUCGGAAUUGUAUUUGUUAUUCAUUAUUUCAUUAAUUGUUGAGCUAUAUAUCUUGUUUUUAAGAAUUCGCUUCACUAUUUGUUAACAAUAUCGUGUUCAUUCUUGUUCUAGCCGACAGCCGGGAAUCUACUUUAGCUCCUCCAUCGGAAAAUAAACCAAAAACAUCACAAAAAUUUCGUAACCUCAGUUUUCUGAGAAUUCGAAAAUCAGAACGCAGUUUUUUUUGUUGUCAUAUUGAAAUUUGUUUAUAUCUGUCGCGUGUCGUAGAAAACGAGAGAGUAAUUAGAAUUUCACAAUGGACAUAAUUGAGUUACCAUAUAAAUGCGAAUACGCCAAGAGUGGUCGUGCCGGGUGUAAAGGAUGUAAGAUGACCAUCGAAAAGGAUAGUCUUCGUAUUGCAACUAUGGUUCAGUCAGCUUUCCACGAUGGUAGAACUCCUAAUUGGUUUCAUGAGCAGUGUUUCUUCAAAAAACAACGUCCUGCUUCAGCUGGUGAUAUUCAGAAUUUUGAGAAUUUGCGUUAUGCUGACCAAGAAAGGAUCAAACAAGCUAUAAUUGAUCUUGGAUCCGGCUCUGUCGUUGUUAGUGGCGAUGCAAAGGGUAAAGGGAAAAAACGCUCCAAGGGAGAAAGUGCAGCUGUUAAAGAUUUUGGUAUUGAAUAUGCAAAAUCGGGACGGGCAGCAUGCAGGGGAUGCGAACAGAAAAUCUUAAAAGAUCAAGUUCGUAUUCGUAAAACAGUCUUUGAUACCGAAGUCGGUAUGAAAUAUGGCGGCCAACCACUUUGGCAUCAUACCACCUGCUUCGCUGAACUGCGUGGUGAGCUCGGUUGGUUGGCAGAAGGAGAACUUCUUCCAGGAUUCAAGAGUCUAUCGAAAGAAGAUCAAAAAGCUGUUAAAGUUGCUCUACCUGCAAUAAAAUCUGAAGACGUCCCCGAUGCAAAGAAAGCCAAACUUGAGAAAAAAGAUGAAGCCGAACUUGCCGAAGAGAAAGAGCUGGUGGAAAAAGUCAAAGCCCAAACCAAAAGACUUUUUAAAUUCCGUGAUUACAUAAAAGAACAAAUGAAAAAGCCGGAAAUAGUUGAACUCCUUGAAGCUAACAAUCAGGAGCCAGUAUCUGAUUCGGAGAAAUUAUACGAUCAACUCGCUGAUAUGUUGACAUUUGGUGCCAUUGCAGAGUGUCCAGUUUGCAAAGGCAACCAAAUGCUUUUCCAAAAGUCGGGCUACAUUUGCAAUGGAGACUUGACCGAAUGGACAAAGUGUAUGAAUGUGAUCAAGGAGCCAGCUAGGAAACCAGUUCGUGUUCCAUCGGGUUUAAAGUCGACGUUCUCGUUUUUGAAGGACGUCAAAAAGAAGGUAGAAGUUCGUGCCAUUCAAUAUAUUGCACCCAGUGCAGCAACAAUUGCCAAAAAUGCAGCCAUGAAGAAGGAAGAUGAACUUGAUGGGCCAAAAGUAAAACGUGAACGACCUCCACUUUAUCUCUUCCAAUUCGCCCACAUAAACUUGAAAGACGAAGAAGCUAGUUUGAAACAUAAAAUCACGAAGCUUGGUGGAAAGCUUGAUACGAAAAUCAAUGAGCAAACAAUUGCCAUCUUCUCGACCAAAAAAGAAGUCGAUAAAAUGGGUUCCCGAAUGCUCAAAGCAAAAGAAUUAGGAAUUCAUGUGAUCCCGAUAGGUUAUUUGAAACAAGUCGAAACCGAUCCCACUGGAGCAGUUCGUUUUAUAUCGAGUUCAAGUUUAUGUGAUUGGGGAACAGAUCCGUCUGCUCGACUGCCCCAAGAAGAGACAAAGAGUUCCAAAUCAAAGAGCAUCUACACCAAAUCUGUACCAAAGUCAAUGAAACUAACUGUCAAAGAUGGUCUUGCCGUAGAUCCAGAAAGUGGUCUGGAUUCAGAGGCUCAUGUUUAUGUCGAUGGAAAGGACAAGUAUAGCGUCGUUCUGGGACAAACUGACAUACAGCGGAAUAAGAAUUCAUAUUACAAGUUGCAGUUGUUGCAAUCAGAUACGAAAAAUAAAUACUGGGUAUUUAGAGCGUGGGGUCGUAUUGGAACUACCAUCGGAAAAAACGCGUUGGUAUCAUGCGAUACUGCUAAUAGUGCUAAGGAAUUGUUUAAGGAGCAAUACCUUGACAAAACUGGAAACUCCUUCGAGGACAGGGAUAACUUUGUUAAGUAUCCUGGAAAGUAUUAUCCCAUUGAUGUUGAUUUUCCUGAGGAUGUCAAGAUCGAUCUCAAUGCCGAGCACAAGGUCAAAUCCAAAUUGGAACAACCCGUACAAGAUCUGAUAAAACUCAUAUUCGACAUUAAUACCAUGAAGCAGACUAUGUUGGAAUUCGACUUGGACAUGGAAAAGAUGCCACUGGGAAAGUUGAGUCAGAAACAACUCCAAAGCGCCUACAAAGUCCUCACCGAGAUCCAUGGUCUUAUUCAAAACGCCGGUACCAAUAGUCAAUUUAUUGAUGCCACAAAUCGUUUUUACACUUUGAUUCCUCAUAACUUUGGUGUACGAAGUCCUCCAUUGUUGGAUACCAUCAAACAAGUUGAAGAUCUCUCAGCAAUGUUGGACUCAUUGAUGGAAAUCGAAUGCGCCUACUCUCUCAUUAAGAGCGAGGAAUCGGGUGAAGAUGUCAAUCCAAUAGACAAGCACUACGAACAAUUGAAGACCGUGAUUGAGCCGCUGGACAAGAAGAGCGAAGAGUUCGAGCUGCUGAAGAAAUAUGUCAAGAAUACUCACGCCGACACUCACAAAAUGUACGAGUUGGAAAUUGUCGAUGUGUUCAAAGUUGCCCGUCAAGGCGAGGCUAGGCGGUACAAGCCUUUCAAAAAGUUGCACAACCGUCGUCUUUUGUGGCACGGUUCUCGACUUACAAAUUACGCUGGUAUCUUAUCGCAUGGGCUUAAGAUCGCGCCACCAGAGGCUCCUGUCACAGGUUAUAUGUUCGGUAAGGGUAUUUACUUUGCCGAUAUGGUGAGUAAGUCGGCGAACUAUUGUUGCACCAGUAAGCAGAAUUCUACUGGUUUGAUGUUACUUUCCGAAGUUGCUUUGGGCGAUAUGUUCGAGUGUACGAGUGCUAAUUACGUUACCAAAUUGCCAAAGGACAAGCAUAGUACUUUUGGUAAGGGUCGAACUAUGCCCAAUCCGGAGGAAUCCAUCACCAGAGAGGACGGUGUUGAAAUUCCACUGGGCAAAGCUAAGACAGACGAUAAGAUGAAGUCUUCGUUGUUAUACAAUGAAUUUAUCGUUUAUGACAUUGCUCAGGUUAAUAUUCAGUAUUUGCUUCGAAUGAACUUUAAGUACAAAUAUUAAAUAUUAAUUACAUUCAU